AUGGAGGGUCACAGUCAGGACCAAGACGGAAACGCGGGCAGUACACCAUUUUGGCCUGGUAACCCCCCACCACGUCGACUUCAUGACUACCAAUGUGAUGCUGACCAGCCGGCUUUUGUCAGUUACGAAUGCAAAAAACGCAAAACAAAAUGCGACAGUGCCCAUCCGUGUGGCCAAUGCGCCAAGGGUGGUAGGAAAUUUUCUCACAUCUACAGCGGGGCAGCCGAGACGAGGCAGAUUUUAGACAGGCUUUGCAAUAUCGAAGACCAGAUGCGGCCCUUGCGAUCUGCUUCACCUGUGGCUUCGGAUCCUGCUUCCUGUUCCGAGGUGCGCGAUGCCGGGCCUGGCCCCCCCGAACUUACAGACGACAAUUCUACGCUGGGCCCGUCUUCCCUCGAGCUGCCCCCCCCUGAAGAUCCUCCUGCUUCGCGGCGGGCUGCCAUGGGGCCAGAGGUGCCGCACAACCGACAUGAUGCGCUCGACAUUGGUGCCCCAGCCGAACCGUCACCAAUCUCAAGCGCCCUCUCCACCAACUGCUGCCCCGGCUCCGAGACCGGCACAGCACGCAUCUACACGCCAGCAACGGCCCACUACAAGUUUAACAUUGAUCUUGCCCAGACGAAUCUGCUGGCUCGUGGCAUCUGUCCGCCCGCCCGUAACGGCACCACCGCAAACGCCAGUCGCGCGGCGUCGCCAAGUCCGCGGGGCAUCAGUCCUACUACGACGCCUGUCGACCCUGUCUGGCUCAUCGACCGCAGGGAAGCGAUGCGUCUCUGCAACGUCUACGAAGAGGAGAUUAACCUCUCACACCCGUUCCUUGACAUGGCCACGAUACGGGACAACGUCAAGAGGCUGUACGACGCCAUAGACGUCCUCGUUGGAUAUGGAUGCACGGAGAUGCCACUCAAUGCCACCACCAUCUUGGAGAGAGAUGAGUUGCACAUCAUCAAAUUGGUGUUUGCCACUGCCUUGAUCACCGAGACGGGUGGUCCCGGCGGCCUGACCGGGGCACUUUUCAACGACGUCAAAUUUUCCACCCGCGAUAGGUUCUGGGAGGACAUUACCCUUCCAACCAUUAUAAUCUUCUUCCUGCUGGCAAUGUGGCAGUUCCUCGCCGACAACGACCGUCUCGCCUGGAGGCUGACGGGCUUCGUUGCGCGCUGGUGCCUCGAGAUCGGGCUGAACCAGUCUCGGUUCUUCCAGAAACUGCCUGCCAGCGAUCAUGAUGGGAAAAUGGCGGUCCGUCUCUUUUGGUGCAUCCAUGCCCUCGACCGACGCUGGGGUUUUGGGAACGGACUGCCAUUCGUGAUUCAAGACUCUGAUGUCGACGACAAGUACCCGCAACCGGACGACGACGUUCCGUAUCUCAAGGCCAUGGUGGCCUUUAGCCACAUCAUGUCGGCCGUGUGGAGCGCCUCGUACGCCUCCCCAAUCGAUCGGUCCAAACCCCAGGGACGGGACGAGGCGUCUUAUCUCGACUUCCGCAUUACCAAGUGGUGGGACGAGCUGCCAGCAGACCUAAAGCUGAGCGGCCAAGACGACCAACUGCCACGAGGCAUGAUGCGCCUGCGGAUCCUCCUGUACCUCAGGCGGUGCCAGCUCAAGAUUCUGCUCCACCAGCCGGUGCUGCACUCGCCGCUCCUCUUGCAUAAUCAUGCGCAGGUUGCCGACGGCGUGGUCCAGCUAGCCAAGGACGUGAUUCGCAGGCUGGAUGAUCUCCACCGCCUAACCGACAUUUACUCGACGCAGCAAAUGUGCUUCAACUACUUUCUCGUCCUCUCGCUCGGUGUCAUCUUCCUCGCCAUCACACAGGCGCCAGAAAGGUUCGUCCGCACCGUGCAGGUCGAGUUCAACACGGCACUGGAUUUAAUCGAGAGCUUAAGCUCAAAGUCGUACGUCUCUCGAAGGCUGUGGAGGUUCAUCAAAAGCCUGAGGCCUCUCGGUGAUCGACUAGGGGCUAAAGAUGCGACCCAAGCUGCUCAUGCCGGAGACCAUGACCAAGGCCACAUUGUGCCGGAUCAGAUUGAUCCUUUUCCUGAGUUGGGCAUGGGCGUCUUCUACUCUGCUGAAGACGGCUUUACUCAGUUGUUUGACGAGCCGAUUGAUACUGAACAGCUGAUGGAGAGUAUGAAGUCCAUAUUUGAUGCUAUUGAGGUAGACUCAACUUGA